UUAGUGUUGAUUGUGGCAGGUGCGGCGGUGGUGCAGGUGACGCAAGUGGUUGUGGUGGUGCAGGUGACCCAAGCGGCGGCGGUGGUGCAGGUGACGCAAGCGGCGGCGGUGGUGCAGGUGACGCAAGCGGCGGCAGCGGCGGUGACAUUCUGAGUGAGAUAAUAGUGGAAGCCGCACGCGUCACCCUCUCCUCCACUAACACAACACCUUACUACUUUAUAAUCACACUAACUACCUACAUUAUUAUCGCCAAGCAUAUAAUAAGAAGUUGUUGACUAGUGUUUGCUGGAAGACAGUGACAGGUGGUAAUAAAGUGGUAUUACCCACCGGUGUACGGGGGUUCCGUCAGGGUAAUACAACCCACGUAGAGUGCGUUUACCCCCUAGUGUAGAGGGGCGUAGCACAGACUGUUGCUGUGACGACAAUGUGGUGGUGGAGGACGUGUAUACUGGUGGUGAUGGUGGAGACAACCAGGACACAGUGGUUCCAAGUUGGUCACACUGACACCAAAGGUGACACAGCUGCUGGCGAACGUUGCUUCUGUCAGCUUAAAGGUGCUAUAGAUGAUUGUUCCUGCUCUGUAGAAACGAUUGACAGUUUCAAUAACCUCAAAAUUUUCCCCCGGCUCAACAGUUUGUUACAUCAAAACUUCUUCAGAUAUUGGAAGGUGAAUUUGAAAAAGAAAUGUCCAUUCUGGGAGGAUGAUGGAAAAUGUGCUAUUCGUUACUGCAGUGUACAACCUUGCACAGAUAUCCCAGAAGGCAUCAAGGGAGCAGUCACCCCAAAUGGAAUUGAUAAAUCACAAAGCCUGGAUAUGAAAUCCCAUAUGACGGUAUCAGACUGUGAUACUGAGAAUGCAUUGGGUUACCUCAACACAACACUAAGGCCUACACAAAGUUUUCGACCAUACGCUGACUUCAGAAACAUUGGAGGUAUGUGCAAAAUUAAUUUGGUAUACUGUUAUUAAAUUUUUAAUAUUGUU